AUGAUGAGCUAUUAUGGUGGCUACUAUGGAGGCCUGGGCUAUGGCUAUGGCUCUGGUUAUGGCUGUGGAUGUGGUAGCUUCCAUGGCCUAGGCUAUGGCUUUGGUGGCUAUGGCUAUGGAGGCCUGGGCUAUGGUGGCUAUGGCUAUGGAUGCUGCCGCCCAUCUUGCUAUGGAAGCCUGGGCUAUGGCUAUGGCUCUGGUUAUGGCUGUGGAUGUGGCAACUUCCAUGGCCUCACUUAUGCCUUUGGUGGCUGUGACUGUGGAUGCCCAGUUUAUGGUGGCUAUAGCUAUGGCUACUGCCAGCCAUCUUCCUGUGGAAGGUUUUAUUCCUAUGACUUCUACUAA